UAUUAUAAUUGUUCUUAACUAUCAUGAAUAUCACUCAAUUUUGUUUUAAUUAGUCAUGAAAUUUCAAAAAAAUUAAAUAUAGAUUUAUAUUUUUUUUCUAUAUUUUCCUCGAUACUUCUGAGCAUUAUAGAGUACUGAUAUUCGUAAAUGCCGGCGUGUAGUCUAUUUAUAAAGCCAUCAUUGCCAGAUAUACCCACCAACAACACUUGAGAUCAGAAAGAAAAAAGAAAAACUACAAUGGAAAAUCAUCGAGAGAUGAAGGUGGAGAUUGUUAGAAGAGAAAACAUAAAACCAUCUUCUCCAACUCCUCCACACCUCAAAAGCUUCAAACUUUCUUUGCUCGAUCAGAGAGCUCCACCAGUUUAUACCACGCUUGUCCUUUUCUACAAAACUACCAAUCUUGACGAAGAUGAUGAUAUUAUUACAAGUUGCAACUACCUAAAGAAAUCUCUAUCAGAAGCCUUAACUACCUAUGCCCCACUCGCCGGAAAGAUUGACGAAAACAACCCCAACUUCGUUGAAUGCACAGACGACCGAGCAGUCUUUGUGGAAGCCAAAUUCAACGCCAUUCUCUCAACCUUUCUGGAAGAAAACCCUAAAGAGGAACUACUCGAACUAUUGCUCCCGGCAAACACAAGGUCGCCAGAGGCAGCCACAAGCCCUCUAUUGCUAGUUCAAGCCACUUUCUUCAACUGUGGAGGAUUGGCUGUUGGCGUGUCCAUGUCGCACAAGUUGGCCGAUGCAGCCACGCUUUGCGUGUUCUUGAAGAGCUGGGCUCGUCGCGGUCAACGCUUCUUGACCAUACCUGAUCGCGAGUUUGACCCAUCGCCGGAGGAUCUUUGGUUCCCACUGAAACGGGAGAGAAAUAUAGAACCGAUAACGGUGAUGAAAGCCGUUAAUAAGAGGUACGUGUUUGAUAAAACUAAGAUCGAUGUUCUUAAGGCCAAAGCUUCCAGCGAGGAAGUUAAGAACCCUACUAGGGUUGAAGUAGUCACUGCCCUCGUUUGGAAAUGUGCCGCCAACGCAUCGAGACUCCGCUUAUUAAAUUCUAAUCACAAUAGUAAUAUUGAUGAUGAUUCGAGAUAUUCUUUUUUGUCUCAACUUGUGGACGUACGCAAUAGGGUUAAGCCACCACUCCCAAAAAACACAUCUGGGAAUCUUGUGGGGUCUUACGUGGUGCAUGUAGAUUUUAAUAACGAGCAGCAGGAACUAGAACUGAAAAACUUGGUGGCCAAACUGAGGAAAGCCAUUGGAGACUAUAGUAGUUGUAGUAGUGAAAAGCAAGGUCGGUGGUCUAGAGAAGUAGAAGAGUUGAUUGAAGGAGCUGAUAUGAACAAGAUUUUUCUUUGCAAUAGUUGGUGUAACUUUGGUUUCUAUGAAGUUAACUUCGGCUGGGGAAAGCCAAUCUGGGCGUGGAGACCCAGUAGUUCCAUUGAAAACGUCUUAAAAUUGAUGGACACAAGGAACGGUGGAGUGGAGGUUUCGUUGACUCUAAGUAAUGAAAAUAUGGCCUUAUUUGAGAGGGACCCUGAGAUUCUUGCUUUUUCGUAUCCAAUAAUGAUCUAAAUAAUUGUAUUAUUGGAUAUAUAUCAAUAUCUAUAUAUAUAUAUAUGUCUGUAUAUUUCUCUGUGACAAUAAAUAAUUGAUCUAUAUUUUAUAAUA